GCUAGUGUAGUGUACACUUCUGGUCGAGCUUUCAAUCUGCGCUGCAUCCUUCAAAUUAAUAUGACGUUUAUUUACAAAUGGAUUUUAGUCUUGCUGACGGUAGAAUAUUCUUCACCAACACACAGGAGCGGUUUUUCGAGGACGGCAAUGUAGACAUAAGGACGCGGUUGCCAUGCGAGAGAAGGCGCUCCUCGUGCGAUGCUGACCGGAAGUUCACGGUGGAGGAGGCAGUGGAGGUGCUUGGGGUCGGCUGGUUCCAGUUCCGUCUAUGGGCCAUUACGGGGCUCUUUUCUAUGGCGGACGCAUGCGAGAUGAUGUUGCUUGCGGUCCUGUCGCCCGAGCUGCGCUGCCAGUGGGGGCUGUCACAGACGCAGGUGGCGCUUAUCACAACGGUCGUGUUCAUAGGGAUGGGGACAACGUCGCCGUUCUGGGGAAUACUGGCCGACAGAUAUGGCCGGCGAAAUAAUCUAAUGCUGGCGUCGGUUGUCGUUUGGUACUUCGGUCUGCUGACGUCAUUCAGUCCGUCCUAUUUCUGGCUUCUUCUGCUGCGGGGACUUGUGGGUGCGGGGAUGGCUGGCAUGCCGCAUGGGUUCACACUACUAACUGAAUAUCUUCCACAGAAGUACAGGGCCAAAAUUCUUAUAUUUGGAUCGGUGUGCUGGGCCACGGGCACGAUGUUCGAGAUCACCCUGUCUGCCAUCGUGAUCCCGCGGCUUGGCUGGAGGUGGCUCCUCGCCCUGUCCUCUAUCCCCUGUCUCGCCAUUAUCGUCCUCUUCCGGUACCUGCCGAUGUCGGCCCGGUACCUGGUGGGCGCUGGACGCAAGGAGGAGGCGUUCAGGAUACUGCAGUCCAUCGCCAAGAUCAACAAAACGCAACUUCCAGAGGGCGAACUGGUUGAGGAAAUGCAGGACCAAAGAGGGCACCCGAAGCUGCUGUUUUCCCGCUCUUACCUCCGUACGACGCUACAACUGUGGGUCCUGUGGUUCGGGACUGCCCUCACUUAUUACGGAAUGGUUCUGGCCAGCGCUGAGAUACUUCAACUGCACAACGCCAAGACCGCAGGUGGGCAGACGUGCAAAUGCAGUGGACUGAAAACUGACGACUAUGUCUCCAUGAUCUUCAGUACUCUUGGAGAAUACAUUUCGUUGCCGCUCAACAUGCUCCUCAUCGACGUCAUCGGGCGACGCUACACGGGCGCCGUGAACUUUGUCGGCUGCAGCGUGUUCUUCCUGCUUAUACAGGUGCACGUGUCCCAGGAGGUGCUCACGUUCUUCAUCUUCAUGGUGCGAGGUUUCUCUACUGGCAUUUUCAACUUCGUCUAUAUCUACACGACGGAAGUUUACCCAACAUCUAUACGAGCGUCUGGCCUAGGUACCUCGUCUACGUGUGCCAGGGUUGGAGCUAUGAUUACUCCAUUUCUUGCCCAGGUGCUCCUGGACGCCUCUCUGUCGGCAGCUGUGUGGGUUUAUGCCUGCAUAUGUUUCGUGUGCGCUGCGGUGGCCGCCUUGUUGCCCAUAGAAACCAAGGGAAGGGCCUUGCCGCAAAUAGUAACAUGAGACAGUUUCAAGUACACAGACUGACGUCAUCGCUCGAUUAAUUGGACAUUUUACAGCACAACAAAACCAAUUCACAGUGUGCAUACAACUUGUUGUUUUUGUUGCUGUAUUCUAUAAAUUCAGUUAAGGUCUUAGAAAGUUCAUAACGGUGACAAUGUCAAAUUUCUGCGCUGCGUCACAAUCAACGCUAGCAUCCAUGACGUCAUCAAUUGCAACGCGUGACCCGAUCUCGUUUACAAGGGAGGCUUCAAAAAUCACCUGUAAAUACAUGAUAUUGUAAAAGUGUGUAUCCUGCAAAUCUGUUUACUAAAAUGCUCUUCCAUACCGUAUGCAUAACAGUAUUUUCUAUGUAAUUACGUAAAUCAUACCAGCAAUAGAAGAUUCCAUAUGCCAUUAUAAUUAUUGCUAAAAUGCAAAUUGAAUAAUCGCAGGACAAAAUA